AUGAACUUUAAGGGCAAGCCUUCCUACCUGGACCAGCACGGAGCUACGAAGGUUCGGGGUGAUGAUGGCGAUGGUGAAGAUGGGGUGGCAAGACAGGUCGUGGUCGUGGGGGAAGAGGUCGUGGCUGCAGGGGCCGUGGAUUCUGAAGUUUUGGAGACUCCCCCUAAGGAAGCCAGAGCACCAAAGGGCGUCAGCAAGCAAGGCAAAGGGAUGCCAAGAUUCCCCAAGCAAGGCAUCCCCAAGCAAGGCAUCCCCGAGCAAGGCUCGACGAUGAAGCGUGGACAGGCCUUUCUGGCCCGCAGAGGUGUCGUGCCUGCCUUGGAUGAAGCAAUGAUUGAUGAUGUGGCAUUGGAUGCUUGCAUUCGCAAGCUCGCUGCCCUGAAGGUCCCCAAGGCAUUCAUCAGCAUCAUCCUCCUGGUGUACUGGUUGGAUCCGAAACCACCGUUCUGCAAUGAGACAUUUGAUGUCAUAGAGCUUUAUGCAGGUGCCCUCGCAAUCCUCGGUGUCGAGUGCAGCACAUUUGUCUUCAUGAACCAGGGACAAGGUUUUCCUUCUGUGGUGCAGGCUACAUUAGUUGCUUCAGGGACAUGUCUCCUCUUGGUUCUAUUGGCUGUGCUGGGCCACAACUUCAUCGUGGAGAAUCCAGGAAGCUCUGUGUUGGGCUACUUCCCUCGCUUUUCCUGGAUGUGUUCGGUCUUGAAAGAAUAUGGGGUGGCCGACCAGAGCUCCGAGAAGCCGCUCCACGAGAUCUUCGCUGAGCUGUCCUGGGAUAGCACGGACUGGGAUGAAGUUCUGAAGCAGAGGCAUGCCCUCAUCAAGGAAGCAGCCACAGCUGUCGAUGCCAGUGAAGACCAGAAAGGCUGUGGUGCUGACGAAAAGACCGAGUCAGAGAGACUGGCAGAGGACAAGGAGCUGCAACGGCAGGCUAAGGAAAAGGCCGAGCUAGAGCGACAGGACCUGCAACGACAGGCCAAGGAAAAGGCCGAGCUAGAGCGACAGGAGCUGCAACGACAGGCAGAGGAAAAGGCCGAGCUAGAGCGACAGGAGCUGCAACGACAGGCACAGGAAAAGGCCGAGCUAGAGCGUCAGGAGCUGCAACGACAAGCAAAGGAAAAGGCGGAGCGAGAGCAAAAAACGAAGGAACUGCAGGAGGAAGCCAAACGCCAGGCCCAGGAAAAGAAGGAGCUGGAGCUACGAGCCAAGGAACAGGAAGAAGCCGAACGACAGGCAAAGGAAAAGGAACUGCAGCGACAGGCAAAGGAAAAGGCAGAGCUACAGCAAAAAGCAAAGGAACAGGAGGAAGCGAAAUGCCAGGCCAGGGAAAAGGAGCUGCAGCGACAAGUGAUGGAAAAGGAGCGACAGCUUCAGGAGCUGCUGAAGGAAAGGAUGGAGGCCGAACAAAAGACAUUGGACAGGGAGCUGCAGCGACAGGCAAAGGAAAAGGCCGAGCUUGAACGAAAAGCAAAGGAACAGGAGGAAAGCGAACGCCAGGCGAAGGAAAAGGCCGAGCAAGAGCGACGAGCCAAGGAACAGGAGGAAGCCACACGACAGGCACAUGAGGAAGCCAAACGACAGGCACAGGAGGAAGCCCAGCGACAGGCAAAGGAACAGGAGGAAGCCGCACGACAGAAGCAUGAGGAAGCCAAGCGACAAGCAGAGGAAAAGGCCGAGCUAGAGCAAUUUAAGACAUGGAGCAGAGAGGCACUCAUGCAGGACAUAGACACACAGCGUGCCAAGAAGGCUGACUUGGCAGCCAAGCAGGCCAAGCUGGCCGAACUCCAGAAGCAAUUGGUGGAUGUACUAGGGGAGACUGAUGCACUGAUGCAGUCCCAGCAAGCGCCGUUGAUUCCAGGUGUUACCAAGCUGGAAACCCUGAGGAGCCAACUCACUGACCCCAACGGAACCGCUGUCCCCACUGGAAACAUCGAGCCAAGAAACCUGCAGCUGGCCAUUCCCAAAGGCCAGCCACCAACCCCUGCAAAGGGUCUCUACAAGAUGGCAAAGUGCAUUCGCGAUCAGUUCAAUGCCGGUGGGGUAUCCAAAGACAAAGUGCUAAAGCUUUUCGCUGCCUGCGACCACAAGCCGGUUUUCCUGAACAAGUUCUCCGUGGAGCGGGAGAAACACAUCGAGCUGGAGACCGAGGUGGAUUUCGAGUUCUUAACCAAGAAGGAGAUGGCUGAAGAUCAGAAUAUGACCCCGGCUGACAUCGAAGAAUGUGUUGCCCAAGCUGAGUUGGACCCCAAGCGCAAGAUUCGGAAGCACCCCUACAAGAUCGGGCACCUCCGGUACUACUGCGAGAUCAAGGUUAAAGGCCACAACAAGUGCCCCGAUCUGAAGAGAGACAGUCUGACUAUGACCGAGACGAUGGAGGCUGAAGCCUUCGGGAGUGGCCUUGACAUGGAAGUGGAUUUGGAAGAGGCCCUGGAGCAGGGUUCUUUGCCGGAGUCGAUGACAGAUGCAGCCGACGGGGCUGUGAAAUCGGGCCCUUUGAAUGAAGAUCUCAGCAAGCUCUUGAAGCUAUUCAGGCCUGCACCAGACGAUCGACGAAACUGGCACAAAUGCUGCCAGCACGUGAGCAACCAAAAAAAGAAGAUGCAGCUGCCGCACAAGAGGGUCAAGGGGAUGUAUGCAAAGAUCCGGGCUGUCUACAGUGCUGUGGACGCCUGUUGCGAGAAGCUACAGAAGCACAAGGCUGAGGGUGUGCUGGAUGGCUACAACGAGAAGACCAUCCUUCCGACCAUGAAGCCGCAGGCUGCGGGCAAGGCGCAACCAAAGGUGAUCCACAGCCCAGCCACACUCUUCGUGUGCUGGCUGAGCGAGUGGCCGAUGGCGCCAGCUUGUGUGAUCGGCGAGACUGCUGAAGCUGUAGUUGCUGAUGGUAGUGCUACGCAGAACAUACGGGAGGCCACGAAAGUUGACAAGAGCCAUAGUGAACGCAAUGCACACAGAAUGUUCAAUAGAUAUGGCUUGGCCCUCCGAGUUCCAAUCUCGUAUAUGGACGUGCCGCAGAGUAGCAGCGAGGAUAGUGUCACGGUCCCGUACUUGAAGAUCACGGAUUUCCUCAAGCAUUUGCUUAACAAGUUCGAAGAAGUCUUGUUUGCAGGGCUGAAGGCGGAUUCCGAUGCUGCCCGAGAUCUUUGUUCUACCUUUUGGAGCCGUUACCAGAGCUACCAUGGGGACCAUGUGAUCUAUAGCGAAGUGCCUGCUAAAGAUAGAUCCUUUUGUGUUCCACUUCUGGUACAUGGUGACAAAGGCCGAACAUUGCAGAAAAGCCCCAUCUUCGUAAUGAGCUUCGAGUUAGUUUGGGGAAUCUCACCAAGCAUGCUCAAGAAGGUUGCUUAUGAUUGUCGCAACACUCGGUAUGACACCAAAGAUGGGCACCUCCAGUGGCACUGUGGCCGCCGUGCUUCGGGAAAGCGAACUUUUAGGGACAUGUGUUUCGACAGCUGCCCUCUUAGAUCUGCUGGUCGUUUCAACCCCGAAACCAAAGGCAAUCACCAGCGCCACAACAAUCGUGGGCACAGUUUCUUGAGCCGCUUCCUGAUUGGAGCAAUCCCUUCCAAGCUCUACAGCCGAAAUGCAGAAGUGCUUCCGUGCUUGUUGAAGCAAGCCGCUGAGGAUCUCAAAGGCUGUUUCCAGGAGGGUCUGCUCCACGAGAAAUCUGGGAUGCGGUUCCGGUUUGUGUUCAUCGGAGCAAAGGGCGAUGCUGAGUGGCAUUUUGAUGCAGGGAUCUUCAAUCGGUCAUAUCAUCGAACCGGAACCGUGAAUGCUGCUCCGAUUUGCCCGCUCUGUGAAGCUGGCACCGAAGGUGUAAGCUACACAGAUGUCUCUGAUGCGCCCGAGUGGCUGGCGAGUAUGGGAACAUCGGUGCCAUGGGACACGACACCCCCUCUAAACCUGGCCCCUUUCUCGACAACCUUCCCAGCUAACCUCUACAAGUUCGACCCCUUCCAUGUGUUGAAGUUCGGUAUAUUUCGUGAUGCUGUUGCCAGCACGAUCGUCAGAUUGGCACUGAUGGGCUACUUUGACUUGUCUGCUGAGGACUACAAGAACAUAACUGAUCGUCUCGCUAGGGCAUAUUCACUCUACAAGUUGUGGUGCCUGGCUGCAAACAAGAACCCUUCGUUGAAAGGCUUCACGAAAGCGAAUUUCAACUUUGCAAAGAUGUCUAAGUUUGCAUGGGUGAACGCUAAAGGAAGUGAAGUCACGAUGCUCAUGCAAUGGUUAGACUUCCUUGUGCCAAGCUUUGCAGCUGAACCGAAGCAGGCAAGCGAUCUUGUGUUCUUGCGAGCAGCAUCCCAAAUGUUCAGCUACAAGGGGGCUUGGUCUUCGCUCGAGGGUACGCCUUCUUAG